AUGGCAGAUCAGUCGUACUGCAUUCGGCUGCAACAUGACAUGUAUUUUCUUACAAGCAAUAGCCGAUUGAACGAGCAAGUUGUGGAUAAAAUUGUUCUUCAGCUUAACAGAGUCUACCCCCAAAUUCUCUCCAAUGCGGAAGCAGAAAAGUUCAGGAACCCGAAGGCGUCGCUCCACACACGGCUCACGGACCUGCUCAAGCAUCUUCAGAAGAACGGGGAGCGACACUGCCAGGAGUUCUACAGGGCUCUGCAGAUCAAUGCCGAGCACCUCUAUAACGACCUGCCCAGCAGGAAAAUCUUAAAAACUACAGAUCCCACAGUGAUAGACACUGACAAGGAGAAAUGUAUGCUAAAUGACAGGGGUCCGGUGUUUUUUCUCUCCUGCUUCAGUGCAGCUGCAGCGUUUGCCUUAUUUUGGUACUGCAGUGACUCAGAUACCAAAGUCCUGGGAAGAGCCAGGAGAAUCCUGGGCUUUUCUCCUAUUAUCAUAGGCAGACAUGUUAGAAAGAUUUGUAUGUUGUACUUAGAAGACUUAUCGAGGAAUUAAGGAAAAGCUGCUGCUUCGCUUCUCUGUACAGCGUAUACCUGCCAAGGGAAGACAACGGUGCAUGAAUACUAAUGUACUACCCCCUCAUACCAAAGGUCUCAUUAACUAGCUUU